AUGGCGCCCCAAAAGUCGCACGAGAAUACUGAGGGUAUUACCAUGGAAGUGGAAGAUACUCUUCCAGAAGCGGAGAAAACUAUCAGCUAUGACCUUGCCCUCGCCAAUGUUGCAGAUACAGAGCAAUUAGCAAAUAUUGGCUACAAGCAAGAACUCAAGCGUCAUUAUUCCAGUAUUCAGGUAUUUGCCAUAGCCUUUAGUAUUAUGGGGCUGCUUCCGUCUAUUUCAGCAACACUGUGGUUUUCCAUCCCUGCAGGUCCCGCUGGUAUGGUUUGGGGAUGGUUCUCAGCAAGUGCCCUUAUUUUUGUUGUUGCUCUAGCUAUAGCCGAGCUUGGCUCCUCGCUGCCAACAUCAGGUGGUUUAUACUGGUGGACACAUCAUUUUGCUGCUGAUCGAUAUAAGAAUCCUCUAAGCUUUCUUGUCGGAUAUAGCAACACACUAGGGCUAAUUGGAGGCAUUUGCUCCAUAGAUUACGGAUUCGCAUCUUUUAUCGUUUCAUUAGGAUCUAUUAGCAGCAAUGGAGAGUGGUCACCCAAUCGCGGAUACUUAUAUGCUAUCUUUAUUGCGACUGUGCUCUGCCACGGUCUACUUGCAACCUUUUGCGCGAGAAUCAUGCACCAUCUUCAAACCUGGUUUGUCGUCGCCAACAUUGCAUUGAUUAUAGCAACAAUUAUUGCCUUACCAGUCAGCAUGCGAGUUAGGGGCGUUCCAAUCAACUCAGCCGGUACUGUUUUUGGCCAUAUCGCUAACGAAGGUACUGAAUGGCCAACGGGCUGGACCUUUAUGCUAUCCUGGCUGUGUCCUAUCUGGACAAUAGGAGCAUUCGACUCUUGCGUACAUAUGAGCGAAGAAGCUAAAAGCCCUAAAACGGCUGUUCCAAUUGGUACCGUGGCUUCAGUUGGAUGCUGCUGGGUCUUAGGCUUUGUUUUAAACGCGAUUCUAGCCGCCUGUGCUGGUAGCGAUUUUGAGGCAAUACUAGCCUCGCCUUUUGACCAACCUGUGGCUCAGGUAAUUGCGGCAUCUAGGCAGUCUUGGGCAUUCUCUCGAGAUGGGGCCCUGCCGUUCUCUUCAUAUCUCCGCAAAAUAAGCAAAUCCUUUGGAUAUCAGCCAUUGAGGACAGUAUGGGCAUGCUGUCUUACGGCUAUUAUCCUUGGCUUGUUAUCGUUAGUCAACAACGCAGCUGCUAAUGCUCUGUUCUCUCUGGCAGCAGCUGGAAACAAUGUCGCCUGGGGAAUCCCGAUUCUAUGCCGUGUCCUUUGGGGGCAAUCCAAAUUUCGCCCGGGUCCAUUCUAUCUGGGUAAACGACUCAGUGUUGCGGUUUCCAUUCUAGCGCUACUUUACUUGACAUUUUCUACCAUUCUAUGCAUGUUUCCAACGCAAGGGCCAAAUCCUGAUCGUAAGUCGACAGUUCCCAGCUCCCCCUUUUUCACAUUCUUUAUCAUAGUUCGCUUGAUCAGAACAGACCCCUUUUUCAUUUAUCGCAACUAA